UCUUGCUCGAUUUUGUUGUCCUUGUUUUGAUAGCCACUUGUUGAGUGAGUGACUAAUAUUUUAAUUGGAUUCUUAAUUCUUUAAUACAGAAAGAAACUCUUGUUCUCGAUGCACCCAACAUAACGAACGAUUACUAUCUCAGCAUAAUGGAUUGGGGGGAAUCGAACAUUCUAGCGGUUGCUUUGGGCACAAAAGUGUUCUUAUGGAACGCAAAUAGUCGCGAAAUCGAAUUGUUGUCCGAAGUUAGUGAGAUUAAUGACUAUCCUGGUAGUGUAUCGUGGUCCAAAGAUGCAAAAACAAUUGCAGUAGGGUAUAAUUCCUCGAGAAUAAUUCUCUACGAUGCCGAGUCUCUCAAGCCCGUGAGAUCCCUAAACGGUCACCGGGGAAAGGUGGGGUCCAUUGCGUGGAACGGUCAUAUAUUAACAUCCGGAAGCCGCGAUAGAGCCAUCAUCAACCAUGACGUAAGAGCGAGGAAUAGUGUAGUGUGCCGAGUUAAAGCUCACGAGGGUGAAGUUUGUGGAUUGAAGUGGUCAAGAACAGGGAAUAUACUCGCGAGUGGUGGAAAUGACAAUUUAUUGUACUUGUGGGAUUCGUGCAAAAUGAGCUCGAUGAAUAAUUUGUACCGAUUUGAUGACCAUUGUGCUGCUGUAAAAGCACUUGCUUGGUGCCCUUAUAACUAUAACGUUUUAGCCUCGGGAGGCGGCUCUAGUGAUUGCUCUAUCAAGAUGUGGGACAUGCAGAAAGGAGCAUGCAUUCGAAGCACCGACACUAAAGCACAGGCGAGUUAGA